AUGGCUCAGAAUGGGGAUGCUAAUACGGCGUCGUUUGAGGCCGUGCCUGGGCAGCCUGGGUUUGGACUGGAUCCAUAUGGUCGGAUUGGGCUUGAAAAUUUGGUUCUACCUGGCCCAAAACAGUUGAGUCCUCCAUUGUUCCAUGGUACUGUAGUUGAUGAAGAUCCAAUAUUGUGGCUGAAGGGUGUCAAGAAAGCCCUCCAAACGAUGAAGGCAUUUGAUGAUGAAGCCGUAGAGCUGGCUGUCUACCAACUUAGAGAUGUGGCUAGCACUUGGUUUGAGAUGUGGGAAAAGGAAAGGGAUGAAGAUGAUGGUUUAUCUACUUGGGAAGAAUUUGAAGAGGAUUUCAUGGCUAAUUUUAUACCAGAAGAGGAUAGGGAAGCUAAGGCUACAGAGUUCGACCAGCUCAAGUAA